AUGGCGCUCCUUUCAGCAGAGCAUCUGGCCGGUCCAGGCUACAUCAUCCUCAACAUCCUGCGGGUGAUCAACAUCAUUACUCUCUCGUCUGUGGUCGCAAGCAGCGUCGUCAUGCUUGUGAAGACCUUCAUCGUCUCCAAGUUUUUCUUCUUUGACGCUACAAGUCACGUCGUGACCGCGUUAGCCGGCAUGUUUCUUGUCGUUUCCGAGUGCUCGCUUUUCCGAGGCUACUUUGCUCGUAGCUGGCCGCUGCUCAGCCCUAGCCACGGCUUCGUUGCUCUGGGGUGUUCCAUGGCAGUGCUUGGGCUCAACAUGCUCGGCAACAUGAACAAGGAGGCCACGAGCCAGAAGUCACUGGGUCUGCCGUUCUGGCGUCUCCUUCUUGCUUCUGGUAUCCUUGCCAUCGUCAUUGGCUUCUUCAACGUCGUGGCGAGCUUCGUUUUCCGCGACAAGGCCCGCCACAUCACUGCCCGUCGCGUUCGGUCUAAAGGCGCAAUCACCCUCACGGAAGAGCCUCCAAUGGAUUGGGAGACUGACUCUAAGCUCAAGGCUUUCACCAUCAGCACGCACCACACGGGUACCACCAACCGCACUUGCUCUCCCAUGAUGCGCACCGGCACUCCCCCGCGCAUUGGCACACCACCCGUGGACAUGGGCUCUCCCCAGCCUAACGUUGCCUCGCCCCAGAAUGACCAUCGUUUCUCGCAGUUCGACUUCAACCCGAUCCGCGCGUUCCGCAACGCUCGCCAGUCUAUUCUGCCUUCUUAUCACAGCACGUCUCCUGCAAAGCCCACCUUACAAGGCCACCACCGCCGCUCGUCCAGCCUGUACUCGCGAUCCACGAGCGGUCAGACAAAGCGGAGUUUUUGGCUCAAGCGUAGGGACAGCGAUGUCCCAGACGUCCCACACGUGCCCGAGAUCUCCGCCCCACUCAACGUGAACCCACAAUUCGCACACCUCGUCAAGCCGAAUCUUGCGCAUCAUCCUAGCGUGCGACGCCCGGAGGCUGACUUCGACAAGAUCUAA